UGUCCCCACUUAAGUAAGGGCAUCGUUAGAGGCGCAGCGCGUGUUUUAGUCCGAAAAAAAAAAUAAAACUCGCGAGAAAGAGAGGCUUAGUGUAGGCUUUUUAUAGUCGUUGUCCCGAUGCGCUGGCGCACGGAAGUAUCGGAGCUUCAGGAUCGAGCCUAAUCUUAUUCUAAUAAAAAGCUCACGCAUAUAUUGCCGCGGUGUCAUUUGUUUUUCAAUAGUUUUUUUUUAUCGACGUGUUUAUUGAAGCGCAGUGUGAGGUUCCAUAGGUGUUGAAUUAUGUUCGACACGUGCUGUUUAUGGUUAUUUUUAUGGUCGUAUUAUGACAUUUUAUUUGUGGUGUUUUGUGAAAAGGGUUGUUGAUAAUUGAGCAAUCAUUGUGACUUCUUCAGCCGGACUGUGUGGUCGUGUCCUUUUAUGAAAAUUAAAUAAUGAUGUUGUUUGUGAUUUAGUGACUGAUUUCGUUUAGUUCAAGGAAACUUUUCUUUCGAAAUUCAAAAUGUUUUUGAGAUUCGAACCCACAAAAUCCACAAAAGGUGCCAGCAAGCUACGACGGGACCUCAUCAAUGCUGAAAUCUCGAACCUCCGAGAUCUCCUCCCACUACCCCCCUCCACUCGCCAGAGACUGUCACAGCUACAAUUAAUGGCAUUAGUCUGUGUCUAUGUGAGAAAGAUGAACUAUUUCCAACAAGUGUUCAAGAGUCACGACUUCAGCUAUCAAGAACAAGCGACUCCCACACCUAAUAUUGGAUUUUCAAAGGCAAUGAACGGGUUUAUGAUGAUGAUGACACAGAAUGGGAAACUGCUGUACAUUUCGGAAAACGCCGCGGAAUAUUUAGGACACUCUAUGGAGGAUCUACUUAUACACGGCGAUAGUGUUUACGACAUCAUAGAUAGACAAGACCACCAGACAGUGCAGAUGGAGCUGAACAGAGGGGAAAACGGAGAGACUGAAAACGAACCAAAGAAUAGGCAUUUCUUCUGUAGAAUGAACGUUUCGAGAAACGCUAGGAGACAGAUGAGAUUCGGCGACCAAAAAGUAGUUCUUGUAAGAGGUCACUACGUGUCAUACCUCCCGCUGUGCAGCCGCAACGAGCCGGUGUUCGUGGCUGCGUGCGCGCCGCUCGCCAUGCCCGAGACGCGCGAGUGCGUGGUGCUCGGCGCCACCAACGUGUUCACCACCGUGCACGCCAUGGACAUGAAGAUACUGCACAUCGACGCUAAUGGCGAGUGGUACUUAGGCUGGAAGAAACAUGAACUAACAGAUGUCUCGUGGUAUCAACUACUGCAUUGGGAUAGUUUGCGAGAGGCACAGAGCAAACAUCGACUAAUAACGCAAUCAGAGCAGGACAAGUGCUGUAUUCUCUUAGUGAAGAUUCAACAACGUAGUGGACAGUUCCUGUGGGUGCAUUUAGUUUUGCAAGUGAAGGACGCAGCUGAUUCGCCCAGGCAAUUCAUAGUGGGCACUAACCAGAUAUUAACAGAAGACGAAGCUUCAAUCAUGCUGGCGAACUCCUGGCUGUACCAAUACUAUGGUUACCAGAACCAGCCCUGCGGCAUGAUAGACCCUCGCUGCCAGAAGUUCUUCCGACGGGAACCCUACCAGGAACCUUACCAAGAACCCUACUACAUCGAGAACCAGGAACUAGAGUACCCAGGGUAUCAUGUGUCGGCGUAUGUGCAGCCGAAGAUCGCUGAAGAGUUUGCGUGUGAAAGGGUGUAUUCAGACAGAGGGCCCGUCGAUUAUUCUACACAUUCGCCUCAGUCUACUAUUAGUGAAGAAAGAUCUCCCCACCACUACGAUGCUCCACCGGAAGUGGUAGUCAAUAGCAAUAUGUACAUGUACCCACAUCCUGCCAAGAGAGAGUACUAUGAACAGUACCCCAGGGUGCCUUACAUGCAAGGAGCUUGCACCAGCACGGCUAUAGAAGCCACGGAGUACCCAAGCCCGAAGCGGAUGCGGGUAGCUCCACCUUCUCUGACCCUGGAGGACGACGGCAUGGACCGGUGGAACCCCAGCCCUCCCUGGUCAGACACCACCCUCAAACUACCAGACUACGGACAGAGAUUCUCCUACAACCAUAUGAUGAUGCCGCCCACCGAGAGGGCUAUGGUCACUUAAUAUAUAAUUCGAAUAAAAUAAAUUAUAUAAUGUUUGUGUUAAUAAAAAAAUUAAAUUUUACAAUGGUAGGUGAUCAUUGUAUUACUUCAUAAUUAUGCCGCCCACGACAAGAGCAAUGGUCACUCAAAUUGUUAACAUUAUUUAAUGAUGCCGCCCACUGAAAUUAUGGUGCAAAAAAUAUGAUAUAUCAAAUCGAAUUUUAACAUCAGACAAAUAUC